AUGAAUUAUUACAAAUCGGAGUCUGAGUUUAUAGACUCUUUGGAUUUUCUAAGUCCACCAGUGAAAAGAGUUGUUGAUAGCAGAGAGCUAUUUGGUUAUUCCUAUAACGGUGAGCCGCACAGCGCCCAACUGUUUCGUGGCAUCCCUAAUAAAUUUACAUCAAAAGAGCGAGGUGUCGAUUAUGAACAGGAAAAAUCACAACAAAGAAAAGCCAGAAGAAUUCCUAAAAGUGGCAGAGAAUCUUCGACUUCUUUAGUUUUAAAGAAGACAUCAGAAAGAAAGAUUUUAAAACGAUACACUGUCCUGAGUUACACGAAUUUGCAUUCGUGUUUAAACAAAGCGACGUCAGACAGAAUUAGUAACCGUGUAGAUUCUAAAAGCAAACCACUUAUAAAGGUCACUGUGAUUCCUAAGACCGAUCAAAUAAAGACAGCGAAAUCACUCAGAAAGCGAAGGAAUAUACCAAAAAGAGCGCAAAGUACGCCAUCUAACCAUGAGAAUUCUAUAAAAACGAAUAACCUUUAUCUAGUGAUUGCUGGCCGACGAAACAAAAUAUAUGAAAUCAAGACAACAGGCAGUGCCACCUUUUCUUCUGAUCCAGUAGAUAACUAUAUUUACAGUAAAGAUGACAUUUCGAUUGACGGCUUAUCUAAUGUUAAAUAUCUAAUCCAGUCAUUGGAUAUGGACAAAAGACAGAAGCAAGUUACGAAAGAAUACAAUACUGACGAGAUAGAAAAAACUGAUCUGGCAAGUAAAGAUACAUGUCAAUGUGAAAGUAAGGGUAUAGAUACCUAUGAGGCUAAAGAAACAAAGGGAAAUCUAGAGAGCGAUAAAAAACAAUCAAAUAGAAGCCGAGUAAGAAUAUAUGGACAGUUAGGCGUCACUGAUGAUGACCGAUAUUUCCUCAGAUAUGGCGCUACAGUCAACGAUAAACCAGUUACAGAUUUUGCUCAAUUGACUCAAGACUUUUUGCCACAAGUUCUUCCUGAAUCAGUGUACAGCCCUUAUGAGGAUAACCCAGAGGUUACCAAAGAGGCGAGUGUUCAAGCUGAACAUGGAAAUGGAAGUUACUACCGAAUCCAACAACCUACGGUCACCGGUUUUGAAUUCCGCAAUAAUUCUCAAGGAACACAGGUAAACUUUAAUGUGUCAACCCUUUCAAGAAACCUUUAUAAUAAUUUGAGAGUCGAUAAGGAUGUACAGUGUACUUGUAGUAAUAUUGUGGAACGUAGCACGACUGAGGACAGAUGUGAAGUAAGCCCCUUGAACGAGAGCCACAGUCCAUUAGUCAUUAUAUCAGUGUAUCCCAAGCAGUGUCCUGAAGAAAUGAUCAAGUACACUUCAGAAAACUAUCAUGACAGAGUAAAUACGGACUCUCGUGCUCAAGAUGUGCAGAAAUUAAAGGGAGAUAAAAACACAAUCAAGAAAAUAAAAAGUUCAUCAGUAGAUGAGACUAAAGAAAAGAAAAUUAUUCCAAUUAAGAAAUACAAUAAACGAUCUCCAAGCCGGUCUCUAUCACCUGUAAGAAAUAAUAUUUCAAAAAAAAUAUCACCUGAAAAUGAAAAGAAAACUAUUGUUUUCAAAACACGAGCAACAAAUGAUGAGCGUUAUAAAGCACGAGAUACAAAUGAUGAUCGUUACAAAACACAAGCUAGAAAUGAUAAGCAUAAAACACAAGCUACAAAUGACGAGCGUUAUAAAGCACAAGCUACAAGUGCUGAGCGUUAUAAAACACAAAGUACAAGUGCCGAGCGUUAUAAAGCACAAACUACAAAUGCCGAACCAUAUAAAGGAAUGAAAGUUAUUAAGAACAAAAAUUUUGCUAAAGAAAAGAUUAAGCAUGAGGCCCCAGCGCCUUUAAGAGUGGGUAAUUCUAGUUUCAAACCAGUCCACAAAAGUAAUAAACCACCUUUAAAGAGAAUUAAUCCUGUUCGUUCACAAGACAAACAAACAAACACAGAACAUGUUAAAGUUAAAAAAGAUUUAAUAGAUAACUACACAAAACAGUUCAAUGGCCAAAUAAGUCAAAGAGAAAAGAUUCCAGUUAAGAGGGACAAUUCUAAGAUCACCAUAAACAUAGAUGGAAACCAGGAAUAUUACAAAGUAUUAUUGGAUCAAAGUAAUUUAUCGACAGAUUUAAGAGUCAAUAGGAGAGUAAAAAAAAUUGAGUCUCAGAAAUGUUCCAAUAGAACCAUGUCACCUUCAUUAGAAAAUUUACUGUUGAUGUUCGAAAAGGAGCAAAAUGUUCAACAAGUGUCUGUUCCAUUGUGUGAUAAGCAAUGUGAUGCAAGUUCAAUGAAUGAUAUACGUCUCUCGGGAAUGACCAUACGAGAUAGUCUAGAAAUUUUUCACAGUCGUGAAGAGAAACAAAUGUGUGAUAAGGGUAGUAAGCAGAACAAUAUACCUUCACACAUCACCGAAAAUCUCAAGAAUAACAGCACAUUCUUAGCACCAAUCAAGCACUACACAGGCGAUGCUUGCUCUAUUUGUGAUCCUGUAGAACGAGACAAGCAAAUCCGGGAACUUCUUGGCGUGAAUAGAUCCAGAUGUUUUGUUCCCAAAUCUCUACAGGCACCUUCUUCUACAAACGACGAAUACCCGUUGCACUGUUUCUACAGGAGAGCAUGCGAGAAAAAGCAACUGGCGGAAAUUAAUUUAGUAAAAUAUUGCCCAAUUCUUGGUUCCAUUUCUAAGUUAGCAAGGCGUACUGAUUGCCACCAUAACUGCUGUCGUAAUGCCACUUGUAAUGUUGCACAAACCUAUCAGGAUAAUGAUGAUUACGAUGAUAAGAAUUUUGUAAAUAUUUCGGCUCAGAGUAAUAAAAAAAAUGUCGAUGGAUAUAAUCAGAAACCGUUAAUGGCAGGCAAUAGAGAAAAUUCUGCCCUAUAUCAACAAUUAAUUCUAAAUCGAAACAUACAAGUAUUUCUUCAAGUAGAACAAUUUUCCAAACAAAAACCUAUUAUCCUAUCGAGGAAGCAAUAUGAUAAAGUAAAAAAAACCAUACAAACUGCUUUAAAUAAUAAACAAAAAGAAAAACGUAAAAAAUCUGAAGAGAGAGUUAGUGAUAUAACAGUAGGACAAGUUAGACAGAGAAGAAACAAAGAUGUAUACUUUCAAAGCAAUCAACAAAUACAAACAGAAGUGCUGGGAUUUAAAAGCAGCUUUCAAAAAAUAUACAAAAGACCCAGGGUGGUAUCAAAAGUGAGGUAUCUUGCAAGGGCAUCUAGAUCAAAUCUAACCAAAGACAGAUUUGCUGGAAACGAUAAGUUUAAUUACGUGGACUUUUAUCAAGGAUUUGGGGAUUUAUGUGGAAGCUCUCAAAAUUAUUCACAGAAUGCCACGAAAGGUGAUAUCGAAGCACGUCAGAGAACACAUCCAGCAACCAUACUAUAUCCACGAAAUUACGAAUAUUAUAGGCCUAGUGCAGAAUAUUGUGAAGUAAAGCCCCAAAGACAAUACGAACACCUGACAGGUAGCAGACGAAAUAUGAAAUAUAUCAAAUUAAAUGACCACAGGGAAAACCAAAAGAAUGGUGACAAUUUUAUGCAAAGUGACACGAUUCAAGAAAAUAAUUUUAAUAAGUGUGAUAAAUAUCAUAUAUUAAAUGAAAACUGUCACUUGGGAACUAAAGCUUAUCGAAAACAAAAUGACAGAUAUAGAAAAGAAUGCACAGAAUCCCCAAAGAGAAAUGAAAAAAACGGCUUUGAAAUUGGAGAUUAUCAAAGAUCUACUAAUAAACGUGGCAAGGAAUGCUUAGAACAUCAUAUAUCAGAUGAAGAAAGUAUAAAACAAAAAUUAGUACAACCAAGACAAAUUAAAGAUUUUUGCAAGAGAAGUAAAGAAUACUGCACAGUAAUUACAAAAUAUUGUGUAGAUUGUGGUAAACGCUAUAAACCAAACAAAGAAUGUUGCAAGUCAAUUAAAGAACAGCGCAAAUCAGAUUACAUUAAUUUUAGAGAUACUAUAAGACAUAUGCCUCAUCACGAAUCUAGCAAAAAACAUACAGAAUACAUUAAUUCAGUAAAUAAAUAUUAUAAACAAAGUGGAGAGUAUCACACCACAGGACUCCUUAGAGUUAGUGCCAGUGACGAUCCAACCAUUGCUGUUUGCCAAAGGAAAAGGGGACUAAUUGACAAUGAAAGUAAAGAACGUGUCAUAAUAAGUCAUACACGUCACAAAGCAUGUGGAGAAUAUAAUAUAAAAAGUGAAGUUCCUCAAUCGAUAAGCGUUCAGCGCCCGCCAGCCAGAGAAUAUCAGGCAGGUUUAACUCGUGAUAUUGGAGUACACCACAGCUUCCAGAAUACAGAAAAAUACAGAAAGAAUACAGAAACUCGUAAAGUAAAUAAAGUGGUUGAAGUGCAUCCUAUCAAAAAAUGGGAACAUUACGUACCUACUCAUGAAUCUCAAGAUGUGGUAUUAGAACAUACCAAGUCGUUGGAAGAACAUAACAAACUGCUUAUCGAAUAUGAUCCAUCUUUAGAGGUACAUGAAAAAUCAUUACGAGGUCAUCAAACAUAUAGUGCAAUACUUGAUAAAAAUUUAAAAGCAAGUGUUUCCCGCUUCGAAGAAGAAAUAUAUGAGAAACGUAACAGCGUGUCUGAACAAGAAAAUGAAGAAAUAUAUUCCGCCCAUAGUAGAAGAUCUCCAGAUUACUUUAAGCAUAGCGCUAAACCUGAAGAAUAUUUUGGACAAAGCUUAGAAUAUUGCAGAUUGAAUGUAGAACAUCAUAUACAUACUGAAGAACAAAAAAAAAGUGACAGAUAUAAUGCUGAAAUGGAGGAAAGAUUAGACCACAGUGGACAUUUUGAACACACAGAAAAUGAAGAACAGAUUAGAACAGUUACGUUAUUUGACUCCCAAAGUAAACAAGACAAUGUAGAAACCGAUCACGCUGAUAGGUCUACUAAGAAAACCGUUUCAUCCCUAGAGAUACAUUACACGAGUGUAUCGUAUUUGAAAAAGUUCGAUUCUACAAACUCUGCUGUUGCAGUGCAUUCUGACUCAAGCUUGUGCCAUGUCAACUCUAUCCAAACUAUUUUUCGAGGCCAUAGGAAAUCUCCCACUCCAAAUCUAGGUACUUCAAUGUAUUCACUUUAUUCUGAGGAAGGAAUGAAUUCUAAUAAAUCCACGAAGUUUAUAAUGGCACCACAAGAUGUGAAAGCUAACAAAAGACCGUUUUUGAGACGACUAAUGUCUUGCCUAGUAAUGCGGUCGACCAAACCGUCGGUACUCAAGCUACCUAGCACCCCUGCACAAGAAAUGCCCAGUGUCAACAGUUCCGUUGACUCAUAUCAUAUCAGUACUUCACUUGGAGCCGUAGAGGUGAGUUCUUCUAUUUACGAUACUUCAGCAUCCUUCUACAGCAAUCAUACAAUUUUACCAAUAAACAGCAAGAUAAAAAGAGGAUUUUUUAAUUCUGUCAGAGGUUUUCUCACGAACCGGAAAAGCUGA